AAUUUAUUGUGUAAACGAACGCUGGAAGAUGAUUUAGAGACCAAACCGGUUCUGAAGAAACCUAAGGAAAUAUCCGAAGAGAAGGAGACAGCGAAAGAGCAGACUGAAGGAAGUCUCGAGUUGUCGGAGACGAAGUCUGAUCAGGCUACUUUCAUCUCAGUGAAGAUAUAUGAUGUUGGACAAGUUGUUCGUGUUCGACUUAAAGUAACUCGGAAGCGUAUUCAUAGGACCGUUGCCUUUGUUGAGUUUGCUUCUGCUGACGAAGCAAAGAAGGCACUGGAAAAGACGAAGGGUGAAUCUUUGCUCGAUCGCCAGAUUUUUCUUGAUGUGGCUAACAAGGGAGGUGGAUGCCUUCCACCCAAGGAAAUUGAUUCAUAUUUUGGAGAUUUGUUUAUCAUCAAAUUCUUCAAAGAUGUUGGAAAAGUUGUUAGUGUUCGACUUAUUGUAGACCAGGAGGGUAAGCGUUUGGGCUAUGGCUUUGUUGAGUUUGCUUCUGCUCACGAAGCAAACAUCAAUUUCUUCAAAGAUGUUGGAGAAGUUGUUCAUGUUCGACUUAUGGUUCACCACAAGGUCAGGCACGUGGAUUUUGGCUUUGUUGAGUUUGCUUCUGCGGAAGAAGCAAAGAAGGCACUGGAAAAGAAGAACGGUGAAUAUCUGCACAAUCGCGAUGUUGUUCUUGAUGUUGUUAAGACAUCUCCAUACCCUCUACGAUCCAAGUACAUUGAUUUUCCAUGUUAUGGAGAUUUGUUUCCAUCGUUACUGGUUUUGCAUAGAUCACAAGCAACUUUAAUUUGCUCUUUCGUUCUUGGAGCAAGUUUUUUCAUGACUGAUAAUUUUAUCCUCCGAUUUUAUAGCAUCAAUUUCUUCAAAGGUGUUGGAGAAGUUGUUGGUGUUCGACUUAUUGUAGACGACGAGGGUGAGCAUGUAGGCUGUGGCUUUGUUGAGUUUGCUUCUGCAGACGAAGCAAUGAUGGUGAGAGGAGUUUACAGUAAUGAUGCUAAGUAUUUUAGUAUUCAUUUGAAAAGUAUUGCAGUGCAUAAGAAGAAUAAUAGGUGGAUUUAUGUUAACAUGGCUGAGAUAGCUUCUCCAUACCCUUUCCGACCCAAGUAUAACUUACACAAGCUUGCAAAGAAGCUUUGGUACGAAGACAGCCUUCGACGAGAAGGCUUUGGUUUGGAGAACACACCGGAUCUGGAGAAACAGCAGGUGGUCUUCUGCAAAAAAUAUUUCGCUGUGAUACUCUGCCUUGAUCUUCAAGGCAACUUGACGGCUAAAUCAAAACACUCUGCCACUUUUGCAAAAUCUUCCUCAAUGAAUCCUCUGGAUGUGGGAGCUGGUGUUCCUGUCUCUAUGAUCACUACAGCUACCAUAGAAUUGACCUCAUUUUUGUUCACAAGUAAGCCUUACCCAUACGGAUGCCACCUGGAACCAUUGCGGAAACAUCUCCAGGAACAGCAUUCUUCUUUGCUGCAAUAUGCAGUGCAAGAGAAGAACGGUGCUGCGUUUUAUGUAAACGUGCCCGAGAGAGCUCCAUCUCCAAUUCCAAUAAUUAAAAUGAUUUUCCAACUUAUUGCUAUAGUUAUGAUGUCU